CUCCUUUGCGAAUGGCAGAAACCCAUGGUGGGGCGGCGGGAGGUUGUGAGUGCCCCCGAGCUGAGCCUCAGGUCCGCUUUCAGCCCCCCGCCUAGUAGCAACUAAACAGGGGUCUCCAGGGGCAGCAACAACAAAAAGGGAGACUUCGUCGGCGGGAAGAAUUAGACUUCACUAAUCUCACCGCCCCGAUUCCGCGCGGCCCGAUCAUGAAAAUAACCAUUUCUUUCAGCCUCUAAACCAUGUCCCGUGCUCAGCAAUCCUCGAUCCGCUCGUUCUUCCAGCCCCGGCGACAGCCCGAAUAUGCUGCCCCGCCAUCGACUGCCCCGCCACAAGACGACAAUGUCGCGGCACAGUUAACAUCAAAACCGCCGGUGCCCCCGACCGCCGAUCACCCGAACUCAACCUCGACGGAGCCUGUGACAAUACCUGUCACCCUCCCCCCAAAUGGCGUUCCAAUUCUCCCAUCCCCGCCGUCCCUCCCCUCGGGCGCAACCAUCGUGCCGCUCGUCGAAGAACACGUGCCCGCGCUCCGGCGCAUCAACUCCCUCCUCCUGCCCGUCCCCUACCCGGACUCCUUUUACGCCAAAGCCCUCGACCCCCUGGCCUCGGGCCUCUUCUCUCGCGCCAUCCUCUGGCAAGACACGGAAGCCGACACACCCAAAGUUAUCGGGGGCCUGAUCUGCCGGCUCGAGCCGAACCCUUUUCUCGACACCCAGGGCCAGCUACUACCCCACCCAUUCCCGCCCUCGCACUCGCAGAAACCGUCCAACGUGCCACUGAACACGCCGUACCACGCGAUCUACAUCCAAUCGCUCGCCCUGCUCUCGCCCUACCGCUCGCUCGGCCUGGCCGCCGCCGCGCUCGAGCACAUCGUCGCGAGCGCGACCAUCCUCCCCGUCGCCGGCAGCAGCAUCGACGCGCGGACCAUCUACGCGCACGUCUGGACCGAGAAUGAGGAGGGACUCAAGUGGUACGAGGCGCGAGGCUUCGCGCGCGAGGGCGCCGAGCCGGUGAAGGGGUACUACUUCAAGCUGCGCCCGGACACGGCAUGGGUGGUGCGCCGGCACAUUGGGCCCACCGCCGCAGCCGCAGCCGCCAACUUCACAACAACAACAUCAGCACCGACAACAACAACCACCACCAGUACAUCAUCCGUCCCUCCCGCGUCCCAUACCUCCGACUCCGUCCUCGCCGCAGCAAUCAACCUACCCACGCUAGCGCCCAAACCAGCACAACCAGCAGCACCACCACCGCCCCGGGCCACGAGCGCGCCCCCGCGCCGCCCGCCAGCAGCAGCAGCAGCGCCCUCGCCCUCGGCGUCAUCCUCCUCCCUCUCCUUCCAGAACGCCCGCCCGGAGUCGGAGUGGAACGACCUCCCCGCCGACAUGGUCAGUCUAGGCAAAACUGGCGGCGGCGGUGGCGGAAGCGGCGGCGGAAGCAACAACAGCCCGCAGCUCUUGAGCCCCAAUACGGCUGCCGCUGCCAAUGCGAAUGGGGUUGGGACUGGGACUGGGACUGGGGCCGGGACGCCGGCCUCGGGAGCUAGUUCGCGGAGUAGUUCGACGGGGAGGAAGAAGAGGGAUCGGGCGUAUCCGACGGCUGCGUUUGGGGCGUGACGAUGGCGGGUGGUAUAUUCUGGUUGUUGUUGGUAUUACGGGUCUCGUUGCUACUACCGGUGUUACUGGUAGUCGGCGAACGGGAUGGUGCCGAGGUUAGUUUGCAUAGGUGAAUCUUCUGUAGUGUAGGUAGACAGUGUGGGUGUUAUAGUAGAGCGAGGUCACGGGCGUCAAUUGACUCGGACAGGAGGCGUAGCAAAAAAG